AACUGAAACUCGGCACUGCCGUUUCUUUCAGAGACUCAUAAACGUCACGGACCGCCGGAAAUGGUCGCAAAUUUAAACAGCCAUCACAGCAACAAUAAGCGCGUACUUUCACUUUACGGGCUGUCUAAUGAAUCGCUAGUUUAUGAAAAAUUAAGUUAACUUCUUGCAGAGGAUUUCUUUUAAGUUUACAGGUGCAAACCUAACGGAAGAAGUCCAAGCUGACUGCAAAAGUAUGGAAGAAGAAAUGAGAUCGGCAGAGACAGAACAAGGAGACGUGGCGAGCAUUGAGGGAGAGUCCAGUCUAGAAAUGACCAACAGUCCAACUAAAAAAGGAAGGGGGAGGCCACAAGGUUCAAAGAAGUUAAAGGUUUGUGUUACAGACGUUAACCUAAUGGAGCUGGUUUCUGGCAUUUCCAAUGGUGGGUCUACACAGCCUCCGAGGAAAAGAGGACGUCCAAAGCUUAAGAAAAACGCGGAGCAGCAAGGAGCUGGAGGCGACCAUGCUGAUGAUUCUGUGCAAUCCCAAGGCUCCAAGAAACACACCAGUAAUGAAGACAGUCUUUUGACAGACCAUUCUCCUAAGAAAAGAGGCAGACCAAGAAAGUAUCUCAGCAAUAGUCCCCCUGAGAAGGCUGAUACUAAAGACUUACUGAACGGUGGCUCUGAUAGACCAAAAGCAAAAAGGGGUCGUCCAAAAGGAUCCACAAAGCGUAAGUCAGAAAGUUUAACAAGUGAAGUAACUGAAGGCGGUUUUGUAACACGUCGGAAACAAAGUUGGUCUCCCAAUAAGAAGCUCAGGCUGGAGCCAGAGUUGAGCAGUGAGGGGGAGGAGGACGCUGAUGUGAGCCAAAAAGCUAAGAUGAGAAGAGGUCGAGGAAGACCUAAAGGCUCUUUAAACAAGAAACCCCCUGCAUUUAAGGUGCACGGUAAGGUAGGCUGGCCUCGGAGAAGCCUGACUUCAAAAGUGAAACGUGGUCGACCAAGAAAACAACCAGCCAAAAGGGGAAGGCCUAGGAAAUACCCUUUGCCGUCACCUGAUGAACUGAAAAAGCCAAAAGUAUGGAAGCCGCUAGGAAGGCCGAGGAAAUACCCCCGUGUUGAUCCUCCAGAGGGGUCUUUACCAGCCCCUCGCAGAAGCUGCGGUCGGCCUCGCAAGUCAGAGUCCAAGAAAGGCGCUCACUUGCGCAAGAAUUUGCCCGCCUCUUCAUCCUCACCAUGCAACCCCAAUGUUGGAUCCCCGAGAAAGAGGGGCCGUCCCCCAAGUUCUCCAAAAAAAGAUGCUGGAACCCCGCGGAAAAGGGGCCGCCCCAAAGGUUCAGUCAACAAAAAGAAAACUCGAAAGGAAGCACUGCUCGACAGCCAUUCAAAAGCAAAGAGCGAUUCUUCUCCUGUUGGGGUGGAACGUGAAGCAGAGCUGGUAGAAGACGAGGUGGAGCAUGACGACGCAGAGGCUUCCAUGGAGCCCGACACAGAGGCGUCCAUCGGGGACGACACAGAGGCGUCCAUCGGGGACAACAUAGAGGCGUCCAUUGUCCAAGACACAGAGGCAUCCAUUGUGCACGACACAGAGAUGACCAUCUAGCACGACACAGACGUCCGUCAUGGACAAUACUGAAGAAUCACUCAUCGAUCAUCGAUGCUUUGAAGUUAGGAACCAGGCUUAAUGAACCCUCCUGGUCAGACCACAAUGUUGCUUUAGUAGUAGAAUACAAUAUCGUCAAUGAAAACACAUGUUUAACAUCUUGUCAGUCAGGUAGGCUGAAUAUUAGCAGCUCUUUUGUUUUACUGACUAACUUGUCCAUCAUGUUUUAUUGUGCUUGAUUUCAAUUUUAAGUACUUUAUUUCUGUCAUCUGAGUAAGCAGUAGUUCUAAUAAUCUUUUACUAGAACUGGCAUGUCUAGUUUAUUACCAUAGACUGAUUGUUCCAGUUUUCAUUUAGCUUUCAGAUGUAGUGUUUGUCAGUUAAAUUGUAAAUGUAAAGUGGUUGCUGGGAAAUGAGGAAGAGGG